CUCUGGGCGGCUGCACUCUGGAAUUCCUUGUACUAAAACCCUAAACCCUUACAUAUCUGUCGAACACUUGGAAGAAAAAACCCGACCACGCCCGAAUAUCAAACACAGUUCAAGCUAAAAUCCUUGUGUAUUCUACCGAUUAAUUAUCAUGGAAUCGACCGACGGCGGCGACGAAGAGCGGACGACAAAGGGCUCGGCUUGGGACUUGCCUGAUUUGCCCACCGGAACUCUGCCGCCACAUAUUCAACUUCAGAAAACCCGGGUCGUCUGCAACAAAGAAGCCCCAACUAAUACAGAGAAUGUACAAUAUGCGGGUGCCUAUGCUGCUGCGGGUGUUGAUAAUACCGUUCGCCUGGAUGAUUUUCGGGAGAAUUUCCGAGUGGAAGUGAUUAAACUUACCGAGGAUGAUAUGGAGUUUGAUUUGAUUGGUCUUGAUGCUUCCAUUGCCAAUGCUUUUCGCCGGAUUCUUAUUUCUGAGCUUCCCACCAUGGCCAUUGAAAAAGUUCUGAUUGCUAACAACACUUCUGUUGUCCAAGAUGAGGUGUUAGCUCACAGACUCGGUCUUAUACCACUCAACGUUGAUCCAAGGCUGUUUGAAUAUAUGUCAGAAAAUGAUACAGCCAACGAGAAGAACACUAUUGUUUUCAAAUUGCAUGCUUCAUGUGCAAAAGGUGGUUCUAGAAUUACAGUUAAGUCAGAAGAGUUGAAAUGGUUGCCUAAUGGAAGUGAGUUUUUGCUGGCGAAAGGCAAUUCGGCUUCAAAUCAAGACUCUAAACAGAAAACUUAUACUUCGUUCAGCUGCAGCCAAGAUUCUCUGCCAGAGUUUGCUGAUAACCCAAUUGCUCCUAAGCAUGCAGAUAUAAUUAUUGCGAAACUUGCACCUGGCCAGGAGAUUGAACUUGAAGCACAUGCUGUUAAAGGCAUGGGGAAGACCCAUGCGAAAUGGUCUCCAGUGGCUACUGCUUGGUAUAGAAUGCUCCCUGAGGUUCUGUUGUUGAAACCUAUAGAAGGCGAUGAAGCAGAAGAACUUGUGAAGAAAUGCCCUGUUAAAGUGUUUGAUAUCGAAGAUAUUGGUAGAGGUUAGUGGACAUUGGACAUUCACCUUAGUUGAUAUGAAGUUUCUUGACAUGAGAAUUAGGUUGCGUGACUUUGUGGCAUUUGCCCUGCUGCUUACAUUUUGCCAUUUAUUAGAAAAUUUUCUCUCUGUAUUUGCUUCUACCUAGGGGUAAAGAGGGCAACUGUGGCACGACCAAGAAAUUGUACUCUUUGUAGAGAAUGCAUCAGAGGAGAUGGCUGGGAAAAGCUUGUGGCUCUACGACGUGUGAAAGAUCAUUUCAUCUGUAAGUAAUUUGGUUCUUGUUCUUUAGAUAAUUCCAGAUGCAUAAUUCUGUCCAAUAUUUUCCCCCAUUUCUUAUGGUAAUGAAUCAGCCCGGUCAUCACGCUUAAAGAUUUUUCCUACUUGAGUUGGGAUGCUGGCUAAGGUUGUCCAGCUUAUAAUCUUGAACUCCGUUUUUUCAUUGGGAACCACAGAAAUGUUAGGUGGUUGACAAAAAUAAAUCCCAUGAAUUUUUGCUUUAUAUUUGGGCUUAGUACUGUGUACUACAACCAGGUUUUCAUUUGUGUUAAACACUUAGUGAUAACAUAUAUCGACUUUUAAAGGCCCAAACUACACAAUUUUAUUAUGAAAAGUAACAUUUUAAUAGGUUCUGUAGUUGUUUCUGAAACAUUUUUGAACUCUUGUGACUGGGGAGUGGGGAUGCUUUUUAGUUCAUUUAGUUGCGGUGACUUGAAGAAAAUUAGCAAAUCUUAUUGACAUGAUUAUGGCUUCAAUGCUGUAGUUACCAUAGAAUCAACUGGAGCAUUACCCCCGGAGGUUCUGUUCACAGAAGCAGUGAAGAUCUUGGAAGACAAAUGCGAAAGAGUGAUAACGGAGCUCUCAUAAUUGGAUUCAAUUGUUUUUUGGAUGGAGGGUAAUAUUGAAUUCAAGAUAUAAGAUGCUCCUCAGCGACUCCAAAGAGUUCCAUUGUCACGAGCUGCACACUCGGCUUCCAGUAAUGAAAUAGGAUAUAAAUGAGUAAGGAAAAGCAGGAGAUAUCUUAUUAUCUUGCCUGUAUUUUUGUCUUCCAGCAGAAAAAAAAGAAACUUUAUCUAAUUUGUUGAGUUGCCCGCUUAAAUACGCUCUGCUUAGUAUGCAUGCUUGAUUUUCUAGUGUGUGCGUAGGGUUCUCUCUUUUCCCUGUAACUUUUGCUGUAUGGUGAAAUUCAACGUGGCUUCUGGAAGCACAAGUGUUGAUACGCAUUCAGUAAUCAGUAGUGACUGGCAAUCUGGCAUUAUCUUAUCUCUUUCAUCUGGAAAAAUUGGGAUUGCACGUCAAUUGCACAGGAGAAAUUGACCAACUUCCUCGACAUUUUUCUUCUUUUAAAAGUGUUCAAUCGAUUAUUUCGGAGUAUAAAAAUUGAAUUUUGGCAAAAGUCU